AUGGAACAGUUUCUGUCGGAAAAUGAUGAGGAUGCACUUGUUGUGCAGCAGUUUGAAGAUGCCCUCAUCGACACGAUCCAAUCAGACGGAGAAAUGAACGCCUUCAUGAACUCUUACGUAGAAGCUCGACGCAAGUUGACAGAGAAAGCAAAGUUCAGAGGCUUCUGGCCAGUUCGUUCCAAAGGAGGUGGCAAGAAAGGGAAAUCCAAGGGAUUCAAUGCCCGAGGCAGAAAGCCUCUCGCUGUCAGGAUCGCUGAGUCGGAAUGUCGGCUCUGUGGGCAAAAGGGACACUGGAAAGCCGAGUGCCCCCAAAAAUCACAGAAUGCCACGACUGGAAGCUCUUUAGGAUCCCGGACACAGCCUACCAACAUGAUGAUUUCUGCCACUGAUGCGGACGAUGAUGAAGCCGAUGUUUUCCUGGUCGAAAGCCUUGUCCAUGAUGCAUCCGAUGUCCUGCAGUCUGUUCAGGACCCGAAGAAUGAAGAUGGCACCAGUGAGACAAACCCCUCGCCUGAAUGUUGGAGCAAUGACUCCGUGCAUGCAUCCGCCGAUGGAUUCCAAGUUUCAAGUGUUCAACCUGCUGCUCCGACAGAUGCUCUUUUGCAGAAAGCUUCCAUGAAUGCGCCAGAGACUCCAGCCAAUGAACAGUCCGUGUUGUUUGCAACUCACCAAACCAUAGGAAUUUUGGAUCUGGGAGCAUCACAGACUGUAAUGGGUCGGUAUCAGGUUGAUGAAUUCUUAGAACUGCUGCCUGAAGCAGCUCGCUGUCGUGUCUUUGAGCAGCCUGUGGACAUGUCGUUUCGUUUUGGGAACAACAGCGUUGUCCCAUGCCGAGUGGCGUUGAUGGUGCCUGUGGAUCGUUUUUGGAUUAAGAUUGCAGUGGUUGAUACCAAAACACCUUUCUUGAUUUCCAACAAUGUUUGCAGAUCUCUUGGAGCUGUCAUUGACACCACCAAUCAGACCAUAUGUUUCCGUGAAUUGGACUGCACCAUGCCAUUGACCCUUUCUGGCAAGAAACUGUUCCUGCUGGAUUUCUCCGAGCUCGUUUCGUUGCGACCUCCCAGACCUGCUGAGUCCGACAAAACACCAAUGCUGAAAGCUGAGAAUGUCUGUUCGUGUCAGUCCGAACAGUCCCAGUUUCCAUCCAGUGUGUCGCACCAAGAUGCAUUGAAGAUCAACACUGAAAGUCUUGAGAUAGGAUCAGCACGUCAAGUGAAGCAGUUACCGAAGUUCUCCGGGAUCAAUCCAACCAUCAGCCCACCGAGACUUCCAAUUCAUUGCCGUGUGCGAGUAGCCAUGUCCUUAAACAACCUUGCGGAUCGCUUCGCUGCCGUUCAGGAGAUGCAGAACAAGUCGAGCAAGGAGCAGACUCUGAUGGCCUUGAGCAUGGAAGAACUCCAGAACCUCACCAUCAAGUUCGGAACUGCAAAGGCCGGACUUACGUUCAAGGAGGUGGUCGAGACAGAUCCAAAGUACUGUCAGUGGUUUCUUCGCCAAUGGGGAUCCAGCAGCAAGAGCGAGCAUCAGGAGUUCCUGUUCUUUCUGAACAUGUGGACGGAACGCAAGGAAUUCGAGAAUGGGAUCAAUGGAUCCAAGACUGGCGCCCAACUGCCAGUGAAGCCGCAGCCGAAAGCCGGUGGCAAGGCUCAUGGUGCCUCCUCCACGGGGAUGCCGAUCGAUCUCGAGAUCGACGAGGAGCCGUGGGAUCAGGUGUCCCUAGCCGAAUCCCUCAUGCCACCAAAGAUGAUGAACCGCAUCGACCAGCUCGAGAAUGUACUGAUGCAAGUCGUGAGUCAGCUGCAAAGCCUGACACCGCCUGCCACAGCGGAGCCAAAAAUAUCUCGACCAGCUAGUUUGCCUGAACCGCGUGAGUUCAAUGAUUGUGUGGGCUGCGAUCUUGUGACAUGGACCUCCAGAGCUGGGAAGCAGUUUCAAUUUUUGCACAUGAUCGAUGCUGCCACCAAUUUCCAGAUUGCUGCACCAAUUUUUCGAACUGAUGCCGAAUCCAUGUUUGAAACUAUGCAAGACUGUUGGUUCCACUGGGCAGGACCAUGUCAACAAUUGAUCGUUGACAAUGCAUCCCCGAUUUGCUCCGAUCAGUUUGCCGAAUAUGCUCAAGGUCAGAACAUUCACCUUAGGGUGAUUGCUGCGUUUGCUCAUUGGCAAAACGGAAAGACAGAGCGUCAUGGGGAUAUCCUUCAGCACAUGCUUGAGAAAUUUGAUGUAGAUCGUGAAAUCAAGACGGAUCUGGAAUUCCGACAAGCCUUGCGUCUGUGUUGUCAGGCAAAGAACUCCUUGGCUAGGUCAAAGGGAUACACACCGGAAAUCCUUGUUUUAGGUAAGAGCAGAAAGAUGCCUGGUAGUUUAUGUGAAGAUCAUGCCGAUCCUGCGCACUACCUAGCUGACUCAGAAAGUCCCGAGGGUCUUGCCUUUAGACAACACCUCGAAUACCGUGAACUGGCCAGAAAAGCAUUUGUGCAGACUGACAACAGUGAUCGUUUGAGACGAGCCUUUCUGCGUCGUCAACGACCGCAUCGUGGUCACUUUGCCAGCGGUGCUUUUGUCAUGUUCUGGCGUCCCGGCCGUGGUGAAAUCAAAGGCAAAUGGCAUGGACCAGCUAGGAUCAUAAUCCAGGAAUCUGAGAAUGUUAUUUGGAUUUCAUUUUCAAGUCGUGUUUAUCGAGUUGCACCUGAACAUGUCCGGUUCCUUUCAGAGAGAGAAGCCCAUCAGUACAGUACAACUCUGGAAGCCACCAAUAUGUCACCUCCUCCAAAAGAACUGGGGAAAGGAGUUUUCCAAUAUGAAGAUUUGACAGGCUUUCAAGGAGUGCCACCUGAUAACAUGAACCAUGAAAACAUGCCUGGAAAUGAGAUGCCUCUGGAAGCAGCUCCUGCUGUUGAUGCCACACCGGAAGCCAAGAGUCAACCUGACUCUGAACCGUGUAUGCCCCCUGCCUCUCAGGCAGACAGUGAGUACACUCCCACGACUCCUUUGCAUGAAGAAACAAAUGAUAACCCAGAGUUGAAACCUGAAGAGGUUCCUGUUCCUGAAGCUGAUGACCUCAUGCUUGAAGAUGUCUGGGUGUGUCAGACAGAUAAGAUCAUGCGGAUUCAUAACAAGCCUCGUUUUUCCGCUUUUGAUCCAAGUAGCUGCACAGAUUGUCCUGUGGACAUCCUGCACUUGUCCGACACUCGCGUCACAACGGGCACAACUCCAACAGGGGCUGUUUGGCUAGAACAUGAUAUGUGGGGAUGUCCUGAGAACGCCUGGUGUAAGGAUCAACCCUGGACUGGAGUUUCCGUUUUUAUUGUAGUACCCGAUGCUGGACAAGCCAUUCUGUUCUGUGAAGAUGUGAUGCAUGACUUAGAUGCUACGGAUGCGGCCAUUGAGGGAAAGAAUCGAAAAGCUAAAGCGAGACUUGUUGUUCUCGGCUACAUGGACCCCAAUAUCACCGAAAUACCAAGAGAUUCUCCAACGUUGCAGCGCGAUUCUAGAUCUCUUUUGUUGCAAUACUGUGCUGCGCGUCGCUGGAAGAUUCGAAGCUUUGAUGUGAAAACCGCGUUCCUUAGAGGAUCCCGCCGGGAUGACCGUGUGUUAGGAAUAGAACCUCCAAAUGAACUCAGAGAGAAGCUUCAGUUAAAAGAAAAUGAAACCUGUGAACUCCUAAAGUCCGCAUAUGGCCUGGUAAAUGCUCCAUACCUCUGGUACGUGGAACUUAAGGAAUGUUUACUGUCAUUGAACUUCCAGAUCAGCCCCUUGGAUCCUUGUUUAUUUCCCCUGGUUGAUGAACAUGGAGCAGUACAUGGACUGAUUGGCAUCCAUGUGGACGAUGGUCUUUGUGCAGGAGACGAGGUUUUUGACAGGGCUCUACAGCAGUUGGAAAUUCGGUACCCUUUUGGUUCUAAACGUGACACCAACUUCACCUUCACAGGAAUCCAACUUACUCAAGAUAAACAGUUCAACAUAUUUCUCAGUCAAAGGGAUUACAUUUUUGCCAUUGAAGCUAUUCCCAUUGAACGUCAACGAAGAAAGCAAGAGUCGCUGCCAGUAACCGAAGGAGAGCGCCAAAACUUGCGUGGCCUUAUUGGCUCCCUGCAAUAUGCUGCGACAAAUACGCGUCCUGACCUCUCAGCACGUUUGAGCUUUCUCCAGUCAAAAAUAAACUGUGCUACCAUCAAAGACCUGUUGGAAGCAAACCGACUUCUGGGAGAUGCGAAGACACAUGCUGACAUGUCAAUCAAAAUAGCUAGCAUGCCAUGUGAUGACAUUCGAAUAGUGGCGUAUUCUGAUGCCUCUUUUGCUACACGAGAGAAACUUCAUAGCCAAAAGGGAGGUUUGUUUUUAGCAACUCACAAGGACAUUUUUGAUCAGAAAAGUGCUAUUGCAAGCCCACUGUCAUGGUAUUCAAAGAAGAUUGAUCGUGUUGUUGCAAGUACUCUGGCAUCCGAAACGUAUGCAUUGUCAUCUGCAGUGGACACUGCCAACUGGCUCCGUUUGAUGUGGGAAUGGAUUAAAAAUCCAUCUAUUCCUUGGCGAAAUCCUGAAAGGGUCUGGAUGAAGGCUCCACCCGGCAUUGCAGUGAUGGAUUGCAAGUCCCUCUUUGAUGUCAUUUCAAAGAACACAACACCUCAGUGUCAAGAACAUAGAACUCUCAUUGAAGCCCUAGUGAUUAAAGACCAUAUUCAAUCCGGAGUAACACCCUACUGGGUUCACAGUGCUGCUCAAUUAUCCGAUGCAUUAACCAAAAUCAUGGACAAUUUUCGACUUCGUGAAUUUCUCAAGCAAGGUAAAACCUGUCUUCAUGACAUUGAUGAAACUCUGAAACAGCGCGCCGAUCGAAAGGCCUUCAAGACCUGGUUGUCAGAAACGGUUUCCAACACCGUGCAUCCCUACGAAGCACCAACACCACCAGGAUGA